UUCAUGGGCGGCCACCUGUCCCCAUGGCCCAUAUACGCCAGUGGCCAGGCCAUUCUGUUUAACCGAAAGCCCUGUUCAGAGGGCUACCGGAAGCGAGCAAGUAGCUCGGAGAAGCAGUCCUUGGGCAUUGCCAAGCCAAGGUACCUGGAGCAGCUGGAAAACUACCUGCGCAAGGAGCUCCUCCUAUUGGACCUGGGCACGGAUUCAGCCCAGGAGUUGAGGCUGCAGCCUUACAGAGAGAUCUUUGAGUUCUUCAUAGAGGACUUCAAAACGUACAAGCCAUUGCUGUCCUCCAUUAAGAAUGCGUAUGAAGUGAUGCUGGCCCAACAGAGGGAGACGAUUCGAGCCCUAGAGCCCCUAAAGGCCAAGCUCGUCACUGUGAAUGAGGACUGUAACGAGAGGAUCCUGGCCAUGCGGGCUGAAGAGAGAUAUGAAAUUUCCAUGCUCAAGAAGGAGAAGAUGAAUUUGCUAAAACUCAUUGACAAGAAGAAUGAGGAGAAGAUCUCAUUGCAAAGCGAGGUGACCAAACUGAGGAAGAACUUGGCUGAGGAAUAUCUGCACUACCUUAGUGAACGAGAUGCCCGCAAGAUCCUCCUUGCAGACCUGAAUGAGCUACGCUAUCAGCGAGAGGACAUGUCACUAGCCCAGUCUCCAGGGAUCUGGGGGGAGGACCCCGUGAAGUUAACAGUGGCUCUGAAGAUGACCCGGCAAGACCUGACACGCAUGCAGAUGGAGCUUAAUACUAUGAAGGCCAAUUUUGGAGAUGUGGUACCCAGGAGGGACUUUGAAAUGCAGGAGAAGACCAACAAGGAUCUACAGGAGCAGCUGGACAGCCUGAAAGCUGACUAUGAUGAAGUUCGCAAAGAGCAUGAGAUACUGCUGCAGCUGCACAUGAGCACAGUGAAGGAGCGAGACCAAUUCUCUGCUGAGCUCCAGGAGAUUCAGCGUACCUCUACACCACGGCCCGACUGGACUAAGUGCAAUGAUGUGGUGGCUGGGGGUGCAGAGCGCUGGCAAAUGCUGGCUGAGGGCAAGAAUAGUGACCAGCUGGUGGAUGUGCUCCUGGAGGAGAUUGGUGCGGGGCUUCUUCGGGAGAAAGACUUCUUCCCUGGUCUGGGUUAUGGGGAAAGCAUCCCCCCUUUCCUUCGGUUCGAUGGCACUGUGGAGAACAAGAAGCCAACGAAGAAGGAGGUGGUGAACCUCCUCAAAGAUGCUUGGAAGGAACGUCUUGCUGAGGAGCAGAAAGAGAAGUUCUCAGAUUUCUUCUUCAAUUUCCUGGAACGUCGCUUUGGGCCUAGUGAAGCUAUGGCCUGGGCCUACACUAUUUUUGAAAACAUCAAGUUCUUCCACUCCAAUGAUGUCAUGAGUCAAUUUUAUGCAGUCUUAAUGGGAAAGAUGAAGGAGAGUGUGUACAUCUAUCAGAAGGAGACAAUAGCACAACUGCUGAAGGAGAUGACGAGUGCCGAUAGUCAGAAGGAGGGAUUCCUGUCCAUGGAGCAUUUCAGCUCCAUCCUCCGAAGUAUCUUCCCCCUCAAGAAGGAAGAGCAAAUUCAGGAGCUGAUGGAGGCAGGGGGCUGGCACUCAAGCAGCAGCAAUGCAGACCUGUUCAACUACCACUCACUGUUUAUGGAGGAUGAUGAGGGCCAGAGUGAGCCCUUUGUUCGGAAGGUAUGGGAACAAUAUGUGGAUGAGAAGGAAGCGUAUUUGCAAGAACUAAAGCAGGAGCUGGGCCAGGAACUUUAUGAGAUAACCCCAGGCAAGCUGCAGAAAGCGCUGAUGAACAUCGACCCCAGUCUGGACACUCAGACCCUGAACACCUAUAUGAGCCAGGCCUUCCAGGUCCCAGUAACAGACCUCCCAGAGGAGGGCAAUGAGGAGAAGGAAGAGGGCCUUAAGACACAUCUUCAGAUUGUUAUGGACCGGCUUCAGGUGGCUGACAUCAGGCGUGUGGGGCCUCGAGGUGAGCUGGAGCUUGCAAGCUAG